AUGAUCGACUGUCUGCUUCCCCUCACCGGACGAGGUACCGAAUUAUGGCCAUCUUCUGAAGUUGUUAGCAUCUCGGUAGUCCCCAAGUCGGUGCCGUCACCUGUUACUGUUCGGAAAGGUGAAAAGAUUUCGUUUGCCACCUUGCAGACGGUGGCAGCAAGUGAAGUCGUGCCACAACGGGUUCGUCUGCGGAUUCACCGAAAUGCGGUUGAAGGGGACAAAGUAGAAGACGUAGAUGUUGAUCACGUGAUUAUAGACACUGCUAUUAAACCGAACACCCAAACUGCCGACUCCGCUGGUCUGGAAAUUGAUCCGGUGGAUGGUGGGUUCCUCGUCAAUGCGGAUUUUGAAGCUCGCGCUGGAAUUUUGCUGCUGAUGAUGCCGCAUCAUAUUGGGACCCUGUUUUUGGAUUCCGGCGAGGGGUUGAACAUUUGA